CUGAUCUGCCCCGGCCUCUGACUCCAGCCCUGCGUCCACAGCGCCAUGGGGGAGUGGGCGUUCCUCGGCUCGCUGCUGGACGCCUUGCAGUCGCAGGUGCCGCUCGUGGGCCGCCUGUGGCUGGUGGUCAUGCUGAUCUUCCGCAUCCUGGUGCUGGCCACGGUGGGCGAGGCCGUGUUCGCGGACGAGCAGGAGGAGUUCGUGUGCAACACGCGGCAGCCGGGCUGUCGCCAGAUCUGCUACGACCGCGCCUUCCCCGUCUCCCACUACCGCUUCUGGGUCUUCCACAUCCUGCUGCUCUCGGCGCCCCCGGUGCUGUUCCUCAUCUACUCUAUGCACGAGACCAGCAAGGAGCCGGGUGGCGCCGACGCCACGCCCCGGGGGCGCCCCCAGGGCCCGUGCGCGCCCUCCGCCCUGCGCGCCCGCCGCGCGCGCUGCUGCUACCUGCUGAGCGUGGUGCUGCGCCUGGCGGCCGAGCUGGCCUUCCUGGGCGGCCAGACGCUGUUCUACGGCUUCCGCGUGGCCCCCCGCUUCGCGUGCGCCGGCCCGCCGUGCCCGCACAUCGUGGACUGCUUCGUGAGCCGGCCCACCGAGAAGACCGUCUUCGUGGUCUUCUACUUCGCCGUGGGGCUGCUCUCGGCGCUGCUCAGCGUGGCCGAGCUGGGCCACCUGCUCUGGAAGGGCCGUCCGUGCGCCAGGGGCUCUCGCCAGGCGGCCGAGCGCGACAACCGCUGCAACCGCGCGCACGAGGUGGCGCAGAAGCUGCUCCCGCCGCCGCUGCCGCCGCCGCCGCCGCCGAACCUGCCCUCCCGGCGCCCGGGCCCCGAUCCCUACGCCCCACCCGCCUAUGCGCACCGGGCCGGCGACAGCGAGGGCGGCAGCGGCCGCAGCAAGGCAUCCCUGGCCAUUGUCCGCCAGGACCUGGCCAUCUAGAAGCGGCCACCUCCUCGGGCGGAGAGUGAGAUCAGAGGCCGUCAGACCCCGCCGCCCCCGGCCCUCACCGCAGAAGCAAGAGGUGGCUUCCGCAAGAACUGCUCGCAGGACCCUGCUGAGCAGGAGACACGCAGCGGGGAUGGCCUGCAGGGUGGCAUCCCAGCCGGGCCGGGUCAGAGGAUGAACUAAGGCAGGUCCUUGAUGCCCUGACCCAGGUGGAAAGGAAGGAGGCCAGGGGGCUGGGAGAAAGUGGGUGAAAGGAGGGCAGACAGAGUGCAAGGUGGAGGAGGUUCAGAUGGUGACCUGGUUGUUUUACUGGGGACGAAAACAACCGUGAGACUAGUCUCUGUGUGGGCUCUCCGUGCAUGUGUGCACAUGUACACAAAUGCGGUGUGAGCUGUGUGCGCGCGUGCACAUGUAAAACUUGUGUGAGCCGUUUGUGUGCAUGUGUGUACGAACAUACACAUUCCAGGUGAGCUCUCUGUGUGUGCACACCUGUACAUCCUGUGUGGGUUUUGUGUGUGCAUAUGUAUACCCCGCGUGCGUCCCGAGUAUGUACAUGCAUGUGUACGCCCUGUGCGAGCUGUGUGUGUGUGUGAUCUCUGAUAUGCCCUGUGUGGGUGGCCAGGAUCCAGUGCCAGCAGCAGCCACAGUGCCUCCCUCCCUACCUGGGGGGUGCAUCACAGGAAGGUCUCCCCUCCUGAUGGAGCCCACACAGGAAGAGGGGGGCAGGCCACAGCCUGGUAGGGCUUGUGGGCACCUCCACACUCUGGACCUUGCGGCCUGAGCUGGGAGGCGAGCUGCCCUUUCACCGAGGUAGAGUGGGGAGCGGGGGUGGGGCUAGAGGGCAGGACUCUUCUCUUCUAGCUUCACCCUCCUCACCCUGCUACUGGUCCCCACAGUUUAUAAACAUGCUUGAGUCCCUUCCAUCCUCAGAAGAAACGUCCCCCCAAACGUGCUCCUGGCCCCGCAUAUCCUGCAGCCACCACCCAUUUCCCUCCUGGGGGAAUACAGAGAGCUGUCUACAUGGCUGCCUCUUGUCCCCCUCCUGUCUCUCCUCUAUCCCCAUCUGUCUUCCUCCCUCACUGCCCAAUGGGGCCACUCUCCAUAAGAUCUUCCAGAGCCUAAGCGACAACUCCAGGGGCCACCAUCUGACUGCUCCCCUGGGGCUCCGUCCCCCCUGCUGAGCAGAUUGCCAGUGACUCACUCGGCCUGAUUUUUCCUGUGUCCCUGGCCCUUCCCUCUCUGUUCCUGCGCUCCUCUUCUGCCGCUCCUCUGCCUGUACUCCACAGGGCGGCCGAGGGGUCUUUCUCAAUAGCCCCCCUGCUUAGGCCAUUGGGGCUGCUCUGCCCUUUGGGUAAGCCCAGCACCUGAACGAGGCUCCUGACGUCCAUCUGGCCCUGCCUCUCAGGCCUCCAGCCCCGUCAGAUUGACUUCCCCAUGGUUUCUCUGCUCCAGAUGACACCGAAUUUUCUGUUUCUCCCAAGCCUGGUGCCUGAUUCUGCUUCCCAGUGUUUGAACAUCCUGUUCCUUCGCCGGGAGCAGCCUCCUCUUUGCAGCCCCACCCUCCCCUGGCUGACACCCAACUACCUGCCUUUUGGUCUCAUUUGGGAAGAAAACAGAUGCUUUCCCUGACGCUUGCCACUCUCAAGUCACUGAAUUCUGGACCCCUCCACGCAAACUCAGAUGUGGAGGUCCAGCUGUUUUCCAGAUAUAUUCCUUCAACGAGUAUUUGUUGAACACGUGCUUUGCGCCAGGCAGUGUUCGAGAUCAGCACUGUUCGGGAGAAACAGGACAUGAGCCACAUGUAAUUUCAAGUUUUCCAUUAGCCACGUUAAAAAGUAAAAGGAAACAGGUGAA